AUGGCGGAUCCGUCGCGCGCGAUGUCCUCGAGCGCGCCCGAACCCGCGAGCGGGCCGCCGCGCUCGGGCGAGCUCGUGUUCGAGCCCGUGGGGUCGUUCGAAGUGCCGUCGAGUUCGAGCGACGAGAUCGAGGACGCUGGGCACGCGCGCGCGCUCGCGGUGAGCGCUAGGCACGGAUACUUCGUCUAUGCUCGUGGUGCGCGCGCGGUGGUGGUGCGAACGUGCGAGGCGGCGCAGAAGGCGGCGGAGUGGCGGGCGAGUGAGACGCCGGCGAGCGCGCGGAGGUUGGACGAAGACAGCGUCGAGACGUGCGAGCGGACGGCGAACGGUGCGGCGAUCGAUGUCGUCGCGAUGACCGCUGACGAGCGGGUGUUCGCAACGGGCGAUCGAGGGGGGUUGAUUGAGUUUUACGCGACUAAGGACGCGCACGACGGCAAGGCGAGGGCGGAAAAGUUUGGAGAGAUGACUCUCGCGGCGCCAAUUCGCGCCCUGGAGUGGUGCGCGAACGGGUCAUCGUUCGUCGCGCUCGCAUGUGAGGAUUUGGUGUUCGUUGAUCGCGUAGGCGGGGAGCCAAAACGGAUCGCGGGUGAGGUUUCGUGCGUGAGUGCGAGCGCUGACGGCACGCUCGUCUGGGCGAGCGGAAACACAGUGUUCGUCGGUUCGAGCGACGACCCGUUGGGGACGCCGAAUGAAUCGAUCUCGAUCGCACCGUAUCGCGGUCCCGAUGACGUUGUCGAGCUUGACGGGAUCUUUUCGCAGAGCGCGACGAGCGUCAUGUUUACCGCCAGAAGUGUCGCCGAACCAGACGACUGCUUCUUCGCCGUUCUCACGAAGGAACAAGGUAGCUGGGCGUUCACGCUAGUCGAGAGUGCUUUCGACGUCGAUGGAAGCCUCGUGGGUAUGAAUGGGCCCGUGUUCAACGCCGUGACAUUUGCUCCGUGGAGCUUGCUGUUCGUGACGCAUCGCAAGGCGUGGGACAAUCAGCUGUUGACGGUAGAGGUAAAGUCUGGAUCCGCGCCGUGCGUGCUUGAAGUCGAAGACGACAGAUGCUUCGCGACAGUACCUAUGACGCUGGACGACGAAGAAAAUUAUAUCACUGGCUUGGGCUUAGAUUUGACUGGUGCCAGCGAGGCUAUGUUGAACCCUCAAGAUAAGAGCGCCGCACCGCUAGCGAAGGGACCGAUGUUGAUUUUCAGCACCACCGACGGUAGGGUUCACAUGCUUAAGUGUGCGUGUUUGAAUGCAGCGCAGGGUAGCUCUGGAGCGCAAGUGAUCCAAACGCAAGCAACGCUUCCAGCAGACGCGCCGCCGGCGUUGGCGUCCGCAGUGACAGUGGGUGCGGCUCAAACUGAGGCGUCCCCUGCGUCAACCCGAGCCAUGACGUUUAGUUUCAAGCCUGUCGAGGCUGCUUCAACGCCUGUGUUUAGCUUCAAACCACUUACCACGGUUGUCCUCGGUAAGAUUGUGCACUUCGGUCUUUUGUUGGGGCCGUUGAUGAACCACGCGGUGAGUUCUGUUUUGCUGGGGAUCGUCGGUUUCAUGGCGUGCCAAGGUAUAGUUCUGGCGUGCACGUUUGCUGUGAGUCACAAUGUCGCGGAGGCGAAGAUACCUGAGGACACCGGAGGAGAAGCCUGGGAGAGAGAUUGGGGUGUCCAGCAGUUGGUGACUAGCGCCGACUGGGGUGGAAAGAUAGGUAACUUCUUCACGGGUGGCCUCAACUUGCAAGUUGAGCACCACUUGUUUCCGGCGAUUUGCUUCGUCCACUACCCGGACAUCGCGAAGAUCGUGAAGGAAGAAGCGGCCAAGCUCAACAUCCCUUACGCGUCUUACAGGACUCUUCCUGGUAUUUUCGUCCAAUUCUGGAGAUUUAUGAAGGACAUGGGCACGGCUGAGCAAAUUGGUGAAGUUCCAUU